CACCAUAAGGGUGCUGGAAACUGAACCCAGGUCCUCUGGAAGAGCAACCAAUGCUUAGCAGCUUAGGCAUCUGUCUCUGCAGCCCAGCUCAUGGGAGGCUAAUGUAGAAGGCUCUCCCAGUUUAAGGCAAGCCUGGGCUACAGUGGAGAAAGGCGCUCACAGACACAUAAUGUCAAUAGUCCGUUCAGCCGUCCACGCCAAAUGGGUUGUGGGGAAGGUGAUUGGUACAGCAAUGGUAAAAACUGCUAAAGUAAGAGCAACCAGACUUGUUUUGGAUCCCUACUUACUGAAGUACUUUAAUAAGCGGAAAACCUACUUUGCUCAUGACGCCCUUCAGCAGUGCAGCGUCGGGGACAUCGUGCUCCUCAGAGCUCUGCCCGUCCCACGAGCAAAGCACGUGAAACACGAACUGGCAGAGAUCAUCUUCAAAGUGGGCCGAGUUAUCGACCCGGUCACAGGAAAGCCCUGUGCAGGAACCGCCUACCUAGAGAGCCCCCGCAGUUCAGAAGCCACUCCCCCCUGCGAAACUCAGGAAGAGCUCAAGUCCUCCUGAACCUGGGGAAGAGGGAGCCAGCGGAUGUCUGUCUGUUUGCUCAGUGGCUUUUCAUACUGUUUCUCCUGUGACAUUAGAAGUAUUCAACAGAGUAAAGAGCUUAGCGUUCCAUAAAGGUUCGCAUCCUUUUUCAGAUUCUCUGCCCUGAA